CAGCAGCUCUGUAGCACACACACCAUGGCAUCAACACUAGGAGCUAUCAGAGUCCUUACAGCAGUCAUUCUACUGGCCAGAGGAUGCCUCUCACAGCUGGAUGUGUGUGGCCAGGCCCCUCUCAACACACGCAACACGCGCAUCGUGGGCGGAGAGAACGCACCAGCGGGGGCGUGGCCAUGGCAGGCCAGUCUGACACGUAAUGGAAGGCACUUCUGCGGAGGGUCCCUCAUCAACAAUGACUGGGUUCUGACCGCCGCCCACUGCUUUCCCAGCACCAGCACCUCUGGCCUGGUCAUCUUCCUCGGACGGCAGACUCAGCAGGGCAGCAACGCCAACGAGGUCUCCAGGACCGUCACUAGGGUCAUCAGACAUCCCAAUUACGACGACUCAACCAGCGAUAACGACAUUGCCCUCCUCCAACUGUCCUCCUCCGUCAGCUUCACCAACUACACCCGCCCCGUCUGCCUGGCAGCGGCCAGCAGCACUUUCAACAGGGGCACGGACAGCUGGGUAACCGGCUGGGGCACGAUUGGAUCAGGAGUGCCCCUCCCCCCACCCCAGACGCUACAGGAAGUGGAGGUGCCCGUCGUGGGAAACAGGAAGUGCUUCUGCAAGUACAGCGUGCAGAACAUCGGCAUCACAGACAACAUGAUCUGUGCCGGGAGGGACGAGGGAGGCAAGGACUCCUGUCAGGGAGACUCUGGUGGUCCGAUGGUGAGUAAGCAGAAUAACAGGUGGGUCCAGUCCGGCGUCGUGAGCUUCGGUAUCGGCUGUGCUCGGGCAGAAUUCCCGGGGGUGUACGCACGCGUCUCCCAGUACGAGAGCUGGAUCAAGACUCAGAUCACCAGUAACCAGCCGGGCUUCGUCACGUUCACCUCCAGUGGGACUGACUCGGACCUUACAACCACCUGUGCUGGUCUGCCUGCCAUCACCACCAUUGCACCCACCACAGUGGCACCGGUGGUAUGUGGACAGGCGGCUCUGAACUCGCGUCUGAUUGGUGGAUCGGACGUGGUGGCGGGGGUGUGGCCCUGGAUGGCCAGUCUGCACAGUACGGAACGCGGUGCCCACGUGUGCGGAGGAACUCUGGUCAGUGAGGACCUCGUCCUCACAUCAGCCAACUGCUUCUCUAGUUCUCCUUCAGCAUCCAAUUGGACGGUGUUUCUGGGCCGCCAGAGACAGAACGGCUCCAACCCCAAUGAGGUGUCAGUGGGCGUGGCCAACAUCACUCUGAGCACCCUAUCAGGCGAUAACGUAGCCAUGCUGCAGUUAACCAGGAAGCCCACCCUCUCCAACUUCAUCCAGCCAAUCUGUGUGGAGCAGGGCGGGGCCACUAUUGCCACGGGAACCACCUGCUGGGUUGCAGGCUGGGGCAACACCACAGGUGAGCAGCCUCUUAAGGAAGUGCAGACAUCAGUGGUUGCCUGUGGCAACGCAUCCUCCUCUGCUGAUGACAUCUGCACCAACACUGUUCAGAUAGAACAGGGUGAUAUGGGAGGUCCUCUCAUGUGUAAACAGGGGAGUUCAUGGUUCCAGCUCUCAGUGGUCACCAUCAUCUCAAACUCCUCCUCGUCCAACUCCACCUCCAGAGACCUCGGCCAAUCAGAUCGCGCCUCAGUGCAGGUCUUUGGCCGAACAACUCGUUUCAGCACCUUCCUGUCGAGUUUCUCUUUCCCCUCGGUCGCCAUCUCGAGCAACAGCACCAACACCACCACAGCUGCUGCCAACACCACCACAGCUGCUACAGUAGCCACCACCACCACAGCGUCCAGUGGGGGACGCCACUCCUGCAUGGCCUUCUCCCUCCUCUCCCUCCUCCUCCUCGCACUCACCCCUCUGCUGGCCUCCCAGCCCUAGCCCUCAGGUCAAAGGUCACGACUACCCACAAUCCACUGCUGCACCUAGUCCUUCACACCUCUCCCCUUAUUACCAGGCAGCAUCCCUGUCCUUCACACCUCUCCCAUUAUUACCAGGCAGCAUCCCUGUCCUUCACACCUCUCCC